UAUGCCACAAUCCAGUCCGUGUAUUUGUACUGUGGGUUUCCAGUUCCAUGUUUUACAGUAGCUAGACAGUGCGAGGGACAUGUGAACAAUGUAAGGGGAGCAUACUUCUGAGUAAAGUUAAACUAAAGUAUACAAACGCCCCGACCUCAGUUCUUAUAACAAUAAGCAAUAUCAACAGUCGGAUGUUACAAUUGGCGACGAGUGAAACGCACAAGAGAAGAAUGCAAUUUACAAGACGAACUACGUGCGUACGCCCACCCCUCUUCCCUGUCUCAUUGACGGCCAACCGGCGUACACGGUGUGGCGCCUCCUGAAGAUUCGACCACGGGGCAGGGGAUUCCAGUACCUCAUUGACUGGGAGGGUUAUGGCCCGGAGGAGAGGUGCUCAGUCCCCGCUAGGGACAUCCUGGACCCAGGCCUCAUCGCUGAGUUCCAACGCUGGCACCCCAGUCAACCAGCUCUGCUCCUGUGUCCCCUCAGAUCAGCACAUCCUGUCCCAGGUACUGACGUUGCUGGGCGUGUCGGGGGCGUACUGUUUCCUCUACCUCUUAUCCACUGAGCUCUUGCCCACUGUGGUCAGGAACAUGGGCCCGGGCAUGGCCUCCAUGGAAACACGCAUAGAAAGCAUCCUCUCCCCCUACGUCAUAUACAUCAGUGUGUGUGUGGGGGGGGGGGGGGUUGUGUGUGCCGGUUCGUUUGUGUCAGGUAUGGAUGAUUUCAUGCAUUAGCAAGCAUGAAUGUACACUGAACACAAAUAUAAACGCGUCAUGUAAAGUGUUGGUCCCAUGUUUCAUGAGCUGAAA